CAAGCCCUCGUUGGGUCACGUGACGGCGUAUUAGCUCGCUGACUCUGCUAUGUUUGUCGUUUGUCCUAACAUUGUAGAAAUGCGAAAUAUCUCGCCUUUAUCGAUUUAUUUUCGUCGGGGGACACUCAGCAGUUACCUGAAGACCAAAUUCUACCGAGUGUGGCCGAGGACUUGGGCUGCAAAAACAGAAGCGCUGGGCCUGCACGUCACGUGACCAGCAUGCGGCUGAGCGUUUGAUAAAAAGAUGGCGUGAGCGCGGCGGAGCGAAGAGGACAACAAACCCUGAACUGCUCAGCGCCGCCAGCCGUGAGCCUCAACAGCCGUUAAACUGUCAGAUGGAUCCUGGACAAGAUUUACUUCUCACUGCCCUAAGUGAGAGUGGCAUUUGUCCCAAUGAUAUAGGCCUGUUUGAUAUUGAUUCUCAGGAUGUUGCACAGCCCUCUACAGCCCAGCAAUCUAUCUCCAUCAGUGCCCUGGAUGUUGGCCUGGGGACAGAGUCAUCGGAAGUUGUUCGACCUGAACCUCCAGCUUCGGUCCCCAUAGUUACUAUCAGGCAGAAACCUCAGCCAUCUACCACCACAUUUGUCUUAAAUCAGCUGAAUCAGUUGCCAUCACUCGGAGCUGUUGUCACCAAACAAUCAGCUACAAACCCCAUCAAACACACCAUAACUGUAACCAAGGUGGUCCAUGUGGCUAAUUCAGCCCUGCGAGGUUCAUUGGCCCCCUCCUCCACAAGUAUUCCUUCUUCAGUGUCCACAGUAGUGCCUUCUAACAAAGAGCAGGUUCAGUUGAAAGAUCUUCUUAGGACCGGAAAUGUGAAAAGUACAGGCCUAAAAGGCAACAGUUUAAUGGAGCUCAUGAAGCUCAAGCCCCCACCUGAUAUUGCUCCGCCAGUAGCAACAGCAACAGCCACAGGUCCAAAUGAAAUGAAUAAUGGAAUCAAGAAGGAAGUAUUGGGCAAAGAUACUUCCAGAAUUUGGAUUAAUGAUGAUAUUAAAGUACAGAACUUCUCCCAUUCUCUGAAACCCCCAGGAAUGAAGGAAGAAGAUGAGCCUGAGGAGGAAGAGGAAGAAGAGCUGGGUCAUGCAGAGACAUAUGCAGAGUACAUGCCGUUGAAAUUAAAAAUUGGCCUGCGACAUCCUGAUCCAGUGGUCGAGACCAGUUCCCUGUCCAGUGUUAGUCCUCCAGAGGUUUGGUACCGACUGUCCAUCCCAGAAGAAGUCAUUGAUCGUGGCUGUCUGUCUGCUCUACAGCUGGAAGCCAUCACAUACGCAGCUCAGCAACAUGAGACAUUCCUCCCUAAUGGGGAUCGAGCUGCCUAUUUGAUUGGAGACGGAGCGGGUGUGGGAAAAGGCCGCACCAUUGCAGGAAUUAUUUAUGAGAAUUACCUUUUAGGCAGGAAGCGAUCGCUUUGGUUUAGUGUCUCGAAUGACUUAAAGUAUGAUGCUGAAAGGGAUUUAAGGGACAUUGGAGCAAAGAACAUUCAGGUUCAUUCACUUAAUAAGUUCAAAUAUGGAAAAAUCUCUUCAAAACACAAUGGGAGUGUGAAGAAAGGUGUGAUCUUUGCCACAUACUCCUCCUUGAUAGGAGAGAGUCAAUCAGGAGGAAAGUAUAAAACCAGAUUUGAACAGCUUCUACACUGGUGUGGAGAAGACUUUGAUGGGGUUAUUGUCUACGAUGAGUGUCAUAAAGCCAAAAAUGUCUGUCCAAUUGGAUCAUCCAAACCUACCAAAACUGGGCUUGCAGUGUUAGAACUGCAGAACAAGCUUCCCAAGGCUCGAGUUGUAUAUGCAAGUGCUACAGGUGCCUCUGAACCCAGAAACAUGGCUUAUAUGAACCGUCUUGGCAUCUGGGGGCAUAAAACACCUUUCAAAGAAUUUGGAAACUUCAUUCAAGCUGUUGAACGCAGAGGUGUUGGUGCCAUGGAGAUUGUAGCUAUGGAUAUGAAACUGAGGGGGAUGUACAUUGCAAGACAACUGAGUUUUACAGGUGUGACAUUCAAGAUUGAGGAGGUUCCUUUAACUCAACAGUACAUCAACAUGUACAACAAAUCUGUGCGCCUGUGGGUGAGUGCACGUGAGAAGUUUCAGCAAGCAGCUAACCUGAUGGACGCAGAGCAACGCAUGAAGAAGUCCAUGUGGGGUCAGUUCUGGUCUGCUCAUCAGAGGUUCUUCAAGUACCUGUGUAUUGCCUCCAAGGUCCGCAGAGUGGUACAGCUGGCCAGAGAGGAUGUCCAGAAUGGAAAGUGUGUGGUGAUUGGUCUUCAGUCCACUGGAGAAGCAAGAACACUCGAGGCCUUGGAGGAGGGAGGAGGAGAACUCAAUGACUUUGUAUCAACAGCCAAAGGUGUGCUGCAGUCGCUGAUUGAGAAGCACUUUCCAGCUCCUGAUAGACAGAAACUUUACAGCCUGCUCGGUAUUGACCUCUCUGCAAAGAAAACACCCUCUCCCAUCAACACUGCAACAGGGCCUGAACAGAAGGGCAAGAAAAGAAAAGGUGCAGAAAUGAAAAAGAAGCAGAAAAAGAGACCCCGUAAGCAUGGUGGACUGUCAGGCACCAGCUCAGAGGAGAGCCAGUCAGAAGAAUCAGACAAAGAGUCUGAUAAAGAUGGUGACAGUGAUGACAGCUUCAAGUCUGUCAGCUCUGCAGAUGAAGAUGAUGAUUUCAACCCAUUCAGAGAUGAGUCUGAUGAAGACGAGGAAGAUGAUCCAUGGCUUAUCAGAAAGGAACCAAAGAAAGGGAAAGAGAAGAAGAAGAAGAAAAAGAGGAGAAAGAGUAUUGACCCAGACUCUAUUCAAAGUGCCUUGUUAGCCUCUGGGCUCGGCUCCACUAGGCCUGCUUUUACUGCCCCUGUAAACCCAACCGCUACGCCUGCAACAGUCAAGGCAGAUAGCCAGGACAGCUGCCUGACAAGUCAAGACUCAGUGGAACUUGCCCAAAAAAUGAAGAAAGAACUUCUGGAAAAACUGGAGCAUUUAGCUGAGGAGCUACCUCCUAACACUCUUGAUGAGCUAAUAGAUGAACUGGGAGGACCAGAGAACGUAGCUGAAAUGACUGGCCGCAAGGGUCGUGUGGUCAGCAAUGAUGAUGGCAGCAUCACUUAUGAAUCUCGUUCUGAGCUGGAUGUCCCAGUGGAAAUCCUCAAUCUCACAGAAAAACAGAGAUUUAUGGAUGGAGAGAAGAACAUAGCCAUUAUCUCCGAAGCUGCCAGCUCAGGUAUAUCCCUGCAGGCUGAUCGCAGAGUUAAGAACCAGCGACGCAGAGUCCACAUGACCCUCGAGCUGCCGUGGAGUGCAGACAGAGCUAUACAGCAGUUUGGGAGAACUCACAGGUCAAACCAGGUAACUGCUCCAGAAUAUGUUUUCCUCAUCUCAGAACUGGCAGGAGAGCAAAGAUUUGCAUCUAUUGUUGCCAAAAGACUAGAAAGCUUGGGUGCUCUCACUCAUGGAGACAGAAGAGCAACAGAAACCAGAGAUCUCAGUCGGUUUAAUUUCGACAACAAGUACGGCAGAAACGCUCUGGAAAUUGUGAUGAAGUCGAUUGUAAAGCUUGACGCCCCAUUAGUGUCUCCGCCCUCAAACUUUAAAGGGGAUUUCUUCAAAGAAAUUCAAAGUGGAUUAAUAGGUGUGGGCCUUAUAAAUGUGGAAGACAGAUCUGGUGCACUGUCGUUGGACAAAGACUACAACAACAUCGGGAAGUUUUUGAACCGCAUCUUGGGCAUGGAGGUCCAGCAGCAGAAUGCCUUGUUCCAGUACUUCUCUGAUACACUGGCAGCAGUUAUUCAGGAAGCUAAGAAGAAUGGCAGAUAUGACAUGGGCAUUCUUGAUCUGGGAUCAGGUGAUGAGAAGGUGAAGAAGGUAGACUGCAGGAAAUUCUUAACACCAGGCUACACCACAUCAGGACAUGUUGAACUCUUCACUGUGAGUGUUGAGAGGGGGAUGUCUUGGGAGGAGGCCACACAUGCUUGGGCUGAACAGAAUGGGCCAGAUGAUGGCUUUUAUGUACAGAUGAGAAAUAACAAGAAAACAUCCAUACUGGUGAAAGAGGUGAACACUAAGAAGAGGCUGUUUCUAGUCUACAGACCAAACACUGGCAGACAACUCAAACUAGAAACCUACACGGAGAUCAAGAAGAAGUUUAAAAAGGUCUUGUCAGAAGAUGCCAAGCAGCACUGGACUGACCAGUACAAGUCUUCAGCAAAAAUCUGUUCUCAUGCAUAUUGGCGGGGAAACUGUAAGAAGGCGUCCGUGGGUCUGCAGUGUGAGAUCGGUCUUCGGUGUAGAACAUACUACGUCCUUUGUGGGUCGGUUCUCAGUGUGUGGAACGAGCUGGAGGAAGUGCUCACCCCUGUCAGUGGAACCAAUGUGAAGGUGCAGAUUGUCCGCCUCAGAACAGAAGAUGGUCAGAGGAUAGUUGGACUGAUCAUUCCAGCAAACUGCGUGUCGCCGCUAAUCAACAAGCUCUCUACAUCGGACCAGUGCCAGCAGCUUGCUGUGCAGGAGCAGCAGAAACGGCAGCAGCUCCACCCACAAAGUCUCAGUCAUGCACCCAACACAUAGUAAAUGUCACAGGCUUCAGUCCUAUCUUCACAUCCCACCUUAGAGGGAUCGGACUCAUCAGUCUAUCUCUGCAGUGCAGGCUCGGGGCCACCGUCCCUCAUCCUGUAGCCUCAUGUUAUUGUCUCUGAGGGUCAGAGGUGUCACGCUGAGCUGUGAUGAUUCUCAGAUGUGGUGGUUGUACAAAGCAAAAGAUUUCAGGUUUUUUUCUUUCCUAUUUUCUUUUUAAACCUUCAGACUCUUGUUUUCAACUAGAGAUAUUUGAUGGGUGACAUAUAGUCCUCUGACAUUCAGAGUGAAAUACUAAUAAAGACAGACUGGACAUGAGUGGAAACCUUGAAGGCAUGUCUGCCUGAGGCUCUUCAGUCAUCCACUUCCCACCUGUGCUUUAAGCUGUUUAUACGUUGUGUACAGAAUGUAGUCAAAACUACCUGGUAUGAAGCAAAGACUUUAAGGUCCAAACCAAAGGUGGGUGGAACAAAGACCACUGUCUUUUGAAGUCUCAGAAUGACUUUGAGUCAUUGCAAAUGGGCAUUUAGUUUCAAUGCCAGAUUAAUAUAUGGUAACCUGUUGUCAGACCAGUCAGUCUGUUAAAUUAGAUAUUUGAAGAAAAGCAAUGCAGGCCAUUAGUUCAGUGUGUGUGUAUGUGUAAAUUUUCUUUUGCCAUUGUAUUCACUCAUUAGACAAAGACCAAAAUGUCAUUGCAAAAUCCACUACAUCCUUAAUCACAAGUCACUUUGUUUGGCUUUUGACUUUGUUUUGGACAUGAGAGUAACUCUUCAAAGUUCCUUGGCUCAUUUUCAUUACACACAUUUAUUUCUGUUCCACCUUGGCCCUAUUGUAACAUUAAAAAGCAGAGGUUGUCAUUGGCCGUUGUAUCAGUACAAAUAGCUUCAGGAGUCUACGCAACAUUCGUGUCCUAAGGUGGAGUCAGCUGAAGUGUGACAAGCCAUUUCUAUUGAUAGAGCAUGAAAGCAAACAAAGUUCUUCAAAGAUCAUAAUGAAACUGUAAGAAGACAGAUUUUCUUUACAGACAAGGACAGUUGUAUUCAUGGAAUGAAAGGGCAGCAGUCUGUUCAUUAUAAAUGAAAAUGUUACUGCUGCUGUAGCUGAACAGUAAGCUUGUAUUAAAGGAUUUAUGCUACAGUUUCACAGUAAGUAUUUUUCUUGACCUGGUCGUAGAGGCUGUGGGUUCUAAUAUUAUUACAUCGCUGUCACGAAAGAAAAUACAUUUGUUAACAUCAACAAAGAGCCAAGGAAUUGUGAAAAAUGUGAAUCACAUGUUCUUAACAAAGGCUUUAUUUUCUAAUGUGUGCUUUUUAUGGGUUUCUGCUCAGGAGUUAAAUUCAUACAAAAACCCUCUUUAAAGCAAAGACUUUGCACAUUAUCUGAAAACCCUGACCAUGCUACUGUUUCCUCUGGUCUGUAAUGUCACCUUUCCUCGCUGCACUCUGUGGCUGGCUGUGUUUGCAGCUUGUAUAUUUGCUGAACAUGUUAAGAACACAUUUCCAGUUCCUCUGAUAAGUGUAGGUUUUCUGCCUUUGCAUCUUUGGUCGUAGGUAGAGUAUGGAUCUGCACUGGAUGGCACAGACUAAGGUGUGGUUACAUAAGCUGUCCUUUUUGCUAAUGUGUUUAAUAUCACAGUACACAGGCACAUUGUUUAACCUGUGGAUUAUUUAAAUUGUUUUUCCUCUCCUGCAUUCAGCCAUUGAAAUGGAAAGGAAGAAGUCUUUGUGUCAUACCAAUGUCCAUUUUGUACACUUUGUAAUAGGAUAAAAACUGAAAAUCAUUAGCAAAGCAUGUCUCGGUUCUUGAACAUUGGGAAAGUUGGAAGAAACCUUAAUGAAAGAAUAUUACCAGAAACUCAAAUACCUGUUCAGUCAUUGGAAGGUGAAUCUUUGAAUGUGCACAAUUCUUUAAGACAAUAAUCUGAAGACUUCUUUUUGUCUUUUGAGAUGUUAUAUACAUGGGCUACUGACUUGGAACUUUUUUUUUUCCUGAAAGUUGUAAAAUGUCAUGUCAGAUCAACUCCUCUGAAAUUAAAACCCUUGAAGGGACUUCCUUUUUGUCACUGCACAAGUUGCAACACUGACAAAGUUGUACAAAACUCUACAUUACCUGUACAUGACUGAGUGCAAUGCUUAAUAAAAAUUAGAAUACUUGUA